AUGGCGUCCCUUUUAACAGACCCGUUGUUUGAGAUAUCUGGAAACGCUCCUCCACCCAACAGGAAUUAUUAUCAUUUUGUUAUCACCAAGUCAGCUGUGAUAUGGAGAUGGUGGAAGAUAUCUCCGAGAGCUGUAGACAGGAACUCCAGGCCUGGGGAGGUGAAGGAGUCUCACCAGGACUUGUUGGAUGAUGCUUGGCUGCAGAGUGAGAUCAGUAUGGUUUUUGGUCGUGGAAUCUUGCAGUACACCAAGGCUUUGUGCCAAGGCCAUUAUGACUAUCUAGAGCGCCUGUCUGACUCAAUACUUCUGCGGAUAAUAAAUUAUCUGGAACUAGAGGAUGUGGGACAGCUUGGACGAACGUCACGCAGGUUCAGGCAGCUGUGUGGCUCACAGGAGUUUUGGGAGCAGGCAGUGCGGCAGCGCUGCUGCACAGUAUCAGCAGAGGAAGCAUCUCUGGCGCUUGAGGUGGGCUGGCGCAGCAUGUUCUUCACCAGCAAGCUGCAGCUGCAGAAGCUGAUCAGCCGCAGGAGGCUGAAGACCAAGGAGCAACAAGAAAGACAGGUCUCUGAGCCAUGUGCAAAGAUUGAAGUAUCUCCUGAUGAAAGCUCAGAGACAGACCAGACAUCUGGUUCUGAGGAGGAAUCUCACCAUGGCAUUAUCCCCCAUCUAAGCCUUGGCACUGAUCCUGUUGCUGGCUUUGACACUAGCUCUUCCUGUGAUGUUGACCCUGACCCUAACCCUGAACCACAGGCUGGCACUGAUUCCAGCGUGCUUGUACCUUGCCAAGUGAUCGAGGACAGGAAGAAGUGUGCUGUGGCAUCACCGGUGCAGGACGAUGCAGUGGGCAGUAGUAGAGGAGACUUCUGUGCAGAGCCAGACAAGACACUGAAUUAA